AUGGCAAAGACGCUAGUCGUUGCAGCGACUCUUCUAGUUUUAGGAAAUGUUGCAUUCAUCCAUGGCGCGUUUCCUCCCAGCCUCAUCGUUGACAUGGUACAGAUCGUCUUAGACAAUUACUGUUCUCCAGAGAAGCUGGGAGGGCUGAAGGAGGCCAUCGCAGCAGCCAGCGGCAAUACAGAAAUCCUCAACAUUCCAGAUGGUGAGUCUCUGUCUCGAGUCCUCAGCGCUGGCCUCCAGACCACAAUCAGUGACCCACGCUUGAAGAUCUCCUACGACCCAAACUUCGUCCCUGUGGUUGCCCCACAGAUGCCUGCCCUCCCCCCUGAGCAACUUGUCGCAAUGCUCCAGAACGCAAUCAAGCUGGACAUAUUGGAAGGCAACAUCGGGUACAUGAGGAUCGAUCACAUCCUUGGGGAGGCGACUGCGGACAAGAUCGGCUCGAUGCUGGUAGACUUAGUCUGGAAAAAAGUCCUGCCUACUUCAAGUCUAAUCUUUGAUUUGCGCCACACAAGUAGCGGGGACAUCACGGGACUCUCCUAUAUCGUCUCGUACUUCACUUCAGCGGACUCUGUGAUUCACAUCGACAGUGUUUAUGACCGUCCCUCGAACACCACCACAAAGUUGAUGUCCUUGCCCACACUGCUGGGAGAGAGAUACAGCACAACCAAACCUCUCAUCAUCCUCACAAGCAAGAACACCAAGGGCGUAGCUGAAGAUGUGGCCUACUGUCUCCAGAACCUGAAGAGGGCCACCAUUGUUGGGGAGAAAACCGCUGGGGGCUCUGUCAAAAUAGGUCAAUUUAAAGUUGGCGACACAGAUUUCUACAUAACGUUGCCCAUCGCAAAGUCCAUCAACCCCAUCACUGGUUCAACCUGGGAGCAAACAGGUGUCACCCCUGAUGUUAAAGUCAACGCAGAGGACGCCCUCGUCAUGGCCAUCAAGAUAGUUCAACUCCGCGUCCAAGUUCCUGCCAUUAUUGAGGGAUCAGCAGCCCUGAUCGCUGACAACUACGCCUUUGCGGAGACUGGCGUUGAUGUCGCAGCAAAGCUGAAAGAACUCCUAAAGAAGGGAGACUACAACAUGAUUGUCUCGAAGAGCGCCCUUGAAGAGAAACUUUCCGCAGACCUGAAGACCCUGUCUGGAGACAAGAGCCUGAAGACUACCAGUAACACCCCAGUCCCGCCACCUAUUAACUAUACUCCAGAGAUGUACGUUGAUCUCAUCAAAGUCUCCUUCCACACGGACAUUUUCGAGAACAACAUCGGCUACCUGCGUUUUGACAUGUUCGGCGACUUCGAGGAGGUCAAGGCUAUUGCCCAGAUUAUUGUGGAGCACGUGUGGAGCAAAGUUGUCGACACUGAUGCAAUGAUUGUUGACCUCAGGAACAACGUGGGGGGGCCUACAACUGCAAUCGCAGGUUUCUGUUCGUACUUCUUUGACGCCGAUCAGCAGAUUGUUCUGGACAAACUGACAGACAGACAGUCUGGCACCUCCACGGUACUCCAGACACUGCCUGAACUCACAGGUCCGAGGUACGGGUCCAAAAAGAGCCUGAUCAUCCUGACCAGUGGAGCAACAGCCGGGGCAGCAGAGGAGUUUGUCUUCAUCAUGAAGAGGCUGGGCCGCGCGAUGAUCGUGGGGGAGACCACAUUGGGCGGAUCCCACCCACCCAAGACCUUCCAAGUCGGUGACAGCGACGUCUUCCUCAGCAUCCCCACAGUGCACUCUGACACUAAGUUGGCGCCAUCCUGGGAAGGAAGCGGGGUUGCACCUCACAUACCGGUCGCCGCCGCCGCUGCCCUCGAGACGGCCAAAGGCAUUUUCAACAAGCACUUGGCCAGUCAGAAGUGA